AUGCUGGUGUGGACGCGGGUCGUGCUGGCCAGUUGUAUCGUCAUUUAUUCUAGGAGACGCGUCCUAAAACAAAACGCACCGGGCUCCAACUUGCAUGAUUACCUCUUUGAUUUAAUGGGUCCAAUCAUUGGGAUGUCACCAGAUAAGAAAACGGAAAUUCCGGGUAUGCAAGAGGAACGGACAGGACUGAGAGGUGUUUGCGGUGUGGGAACACUGCCAGAGGCCGAGUGUGCGUCCAGUCCGCUGGCAACAAGUGUGGAUCGUACCGGAGCUGCCGAGGAUGAGGAGCUCACCAACCUCAACUGGCUCCACGAGAACCUGCUUCAAAACUUUACUCUCGGGGGUCCCGAGGCUCAGCCAAGCGGCAGUCCCUUGUUCGACAUAGAGGGAGAUUACAGGUCCAGCCAGGGCCCUUCGUCAUCCUCCUCCUCCUCAUCCUCAAACAGCAGAGGCAGGGAGCGGGACUCGUUGAAGUCUAAGCCCCCUUUCUCCUUUUCCCUGCUCAUCUACAUGGCCAUUGAGCAGUCUCCCAGCAAGUCUUUGCCUGUUAAAGAAAUCUAUGGCUGGAUUCUGGAGCACUUCCCUUAUUUCUCCAACGCUCCCACUGGCUGGAAGAACUCAGUUCGACACAACUUGUCUCUAAACAAAUGCUUCCGCAAGGUCGACAGGAGUUUGGGAAAGGCCAGUGGGAAGGGUUCUCUCUGGUGUGUUGACCCCGAGUAUCGGCCCAACCUAAUUCAAGCCCUUAAGAAGCAGCACUUCCCAGCCGCACAUGCCUUCUGCACACCACCCGCCUCCCCACCGAGUGCCUCCUCACCCCCUCGCCAUCUCUUUCUACAAGGAUGCUCAUUCAAAGAGUCUGACAUUGAUGCUGCCACUGCCAUGAUGCUCUUAAACUCUGCCCCUGGGCACCACGUUGACCCAUGUAACUCUGAUGGCCCGCUGGACCUCUCCCGACCCGAUUCUGUCCUGGUGAGCAGCGAUCCAAAGCAGGACCACAACUACAGCAGUGCAGCCCUGCAGCGCUGCUCCUCCCGCUCCUCCUCUUCCUCCCUUUCCUCCCUGGAUGAAGGCGGCUGCGACCGCAGGCAGUCUCGCCGCGCCGGCAGCGAGGGUUUCCACAGCGACGAGGACUCCGACCUCUGGGACGAAAGGGGAGCCCACCAGACUUUUCGACGUCCGCCCGCUAUCAAGUGGCCCAUAAGCAAGAGGGCACGGCGCGAGGUCAAACCGGAGCUGGACGAGGAGCUGAAGGAGGCUGCUGGCUCCUUGCUGCAUCUGGCCGGUAUACGCAGCUGCGCGGAGGGCUCCAAACGCGCGGUCAAGAGCACAAAACUUAACAGGAAAUGAACGCCCUCAUAAGAAAUGCCCUCAUAAGACUCCGGACCCUGUAAACCCUGACCUCUGACCCCUGAUCAUGUGUCCCAGUGUGCCUCCUUCUCCUUACCUGAUCAUUCAUUGGCCAUUUUGAGCCUUUUUUUCUUUGUUUGGGAGAAUCUCUGUCCAACAAAACAAAUGGCAAUAGUAUUGUUCACACAGGAGAACAAAGCCAUAUAGAGUAACUGGGGGGAACUGUGUGGGGAUGGGUGUUUGGGCUAAGGAGAACCAUCAAGAUACCUAUCCAGAAUGACCUGCCUGCUUCUGUCGGAUUAGAAGAUUGUGAUUCAAGAAAUUUUCUCUCAAAGACAAAAUGGAAAAAAAAAAAAAGCUGAAAGUUUUCUAACUUUAAGCGUUGCAUGCUUCCUCCUCAAACCUGUAUCCUCUUCCAAGUGAAUCUAUUUAUGAAGCGAAUGAGUGCAUGUUUGUAACAGAUGAAAUCUAACCUCCUGGUGUUAUCAGUUCCUCCUCUUCGUGCUACAGAAGAAAGAAAUGCCACUAUUUGAGAAGGAGCCCUUGCUCUGUAAGCCCUCUUGUAAGAGAUGCAAUAAUUAAUCCACAACCUUAACUUUUGACAUUAUUCCACCAUGACAUUUUUUUAAGAGUCAAGUAUGCUAGUUUAACUUUACAAUUAAAAGAAUGAAUGGGGUAGUAUUAUGAUCUUGUUAUGCGAUACACUCACACACAGGAGCCCUGGCUCUUUUUUCAGGAUUAGCAAGAUGUGGAAUAGUAUUACUCUGCCACUGCCAAAUUUAGUUGCAAAGUUAGCUACAGUACUUUGCUCAAUUUUGUGCUGCCAUUUUCCUUUUUCUUCUUUCUUUGUUGUUUUUGCCAGUCCACUGCUCCCCUGAUCAGUCCCGUUCAUUCAGCUGUGUGUUUGUGACGUUGUUGUGCAUACACAGAACGUAUAUUACUGUUUGGUGCCAGCCUAUGCAAAGUGAGCAUCUGUAACACAUUUCCAGAUGUUUGCAGGGUGUCCAUAGGUUAUCCUCCAUUUAUAUAUUUUUUUCUUUUGCUCUUUUUUUAUUUUUCUAUGUGAGUGCAUCAUGGUCCGUGUCGGCUUCAACCUAAACCACAGACAGCGGUCACAAGGAACAGUUUGUUUUUUGAAAAAACAUUUUCUGACAAAUCUGGCUCCAGAGAAUAAUGUUGAGCACGUGUAUCGACAGGUCUGCUCGCCUCGGCUGUGGUUCGGGGCUGUCUGUUCUCGCCUCGCUACUUUAAAUUGAGGAACAGAAGCAGAGAGACGAUUGACAAUAUUUGUGUUUUUUUCAAUUUCUUUUCCCUGGUAGUUUCGAAAGAAAAUAAUUUUACACAAUCAAACAGGGGAUCCAAACUCAUCCUGGGGCCAAAAAAGUGAUUUAUUACGUAGAGAUCAACAGCAUAAAGCAUAUUCCAGUUUAAGAUUGUAAGAGAGGGCACUAUAGUUAAGAAAAGAGAGGAAUGAACUUUGCAGAGAAAAGGAACCUUAGCUGACCCUGUUUUGUCACUAACUCCUACCCUCAUAGAACAAAAUAAGGAAGUAAACAUUCUCAUCUCAAGCUGUGAAAUGAAGUUUUUUUUAUUAUCAGCCGCUUGCAUGAAGUUUACCUAAGGGAAGUUCCCAGCCUCUAGUUUAGACGGACACAAUUGUCAUUAGAGCUUUUAGAAAGGCCUCACCCUCACGUCAGACAACACAAAGGCAGCGUGGAUGAGCACAUCAGUACAGCCUGCACGGCCUGUGCCAAACAUGUUCUUAUGCCACUGGGCCAUGGCCACUAUGUCCCCCUGCUGUCACACUGGAGUGAAGUUUGCUGAAUAAGGACAUGGGAGGCCACUAAAGCCAGUACAGUGACUUAACCAAUCUGGUUUGGUUUAUUUUUGUCACUUUAAAGUGGGAACUGUUCAUUGCAGAAUAAGCUGCAGUUCUCAGAACUGAUACUUUCAUACACUGGUCUCAUUUAGCUGUGAAGAAAAAAAAAAAAGAACAAAUUAUUGUUCGUCAAUCAUCACCUUAUUUAUGACUUUAAUUUAUGGGAUUUUUGAAUGCAUACUCUAUCAGACACUGGUCAAGUGAGGAAAAAACUAAUGACUGGACAUUUAUUUUCUUACUCUGUGAACUCCUUUUUAUUGAGUAUUUCAUUUUCCCUCUGUGUUUAUUUGACAGCAAUACACUUAUUUUCUUGUUACAGUGAUAAAGUAUUUUGCCAAUGUUUAUUGUCUUUUGAGCGGGUCUUCUCCCCACCAAACAAUUUAACCAUGACUGCCAGGUUUCCUUUACGUUUUUCUUUUGCUUUUUUUUUUAUCAGCUGGGCAGCAGGCAGUUGAUUGACAUUGAUCCAGAAAGCCUUUUUUUUUGUUGUUGUUGUUGUU